AUGCAACUCUCUAUCUUUACCAGACUUGCAACACUACACUUCGUGUUUGCUCAUACCGUUUCUGCAGCACUCUUCAUCAACGAUGCCAAUCAACGCAACACAAUUUUUCCUGUCCUCGAUGGACGUAACAACGUUCCAUUCGCCGAAAGAUCUCUCUCCACGUACUCCACCGCAGAUGUAGCCAAACACAACACAAAGACUGAUCCGUGGAUCAUCUACAACAACAAUGUCUACGAUGUCACCAAGUACAUAAACAUCCACCCAGAUGGGCCAGACGACAUUACAGGAGUGGCUGGGACAGACGCAACAACAGCUUUCAACGAGGCAGGACACUCGUCAGACGCAAAUACGACCAUGGCAACUUAUCUCAUCGGCACACUG